CAGAGCUACAACACAGGCUGCAUCUCUAGCAGAGGAGCGACGCUCUGCCCUUACCGAUAGCCUCCCAGCCCGGGCUCGUCCUAUGAACCAGCCGGGGGUCUAGGAGCGGAAAUACCGCAGCACUACAGGGGUCGAUAUAGGCAGGUGAUGACCUGAAAAUACAAUGUCUGAGGUUCAGGGGACAGUAGAGUUUUCUGUAGAACUUCAUAAAUUCCACAAUGUUGACUUGUUCCAGAGAGGAUAUUAUCAUGUAAGAGCUGCAUUGAAAAUCACAUCCCGGACACCUCACAAGCUGACGGCCUCCCUUGUGGGCCCCACAGAUGACACUGGAGAAUAUUCCCCGUGUGUUUAUGACAAUGUUGUGUAUAGUCGGAUAUUCCAGAUACUAUACAGGAAUGAGGACAUUGAUAUUAAUGAUGUCAUGAUAUUCAAGGUGCACUUAUUUCUGGAUGGAGAGAGGGUUGAAGAUGCCCUCAGUGAAGUGGAUUUUCAGCUGAAGUUAGACCUGCACUUCACAGAUAUUGAGCAACAGCUCAAAGACAUCUCCAGCGUCCCCCUGAUCAGCAGCCGCACUUUAGGUCUUCACUUCCACCCAAGAAGAGGUUUGCACCACCAUGUCCCUGUCAUGUUCGACUAUUUCCACUUGUCGGUGAUCUCUGUAACCGUGCACGCUUCACUGCUGGCCGUACAUCAGCCGCUUACAAGUUUUGUUCGACCGGUGAAAGGUUCCUGGUUGGGAAAGAGUAAUGUGGAUCAGGGGAUGGAACAGUCCAGCGCGUCACUAGAGAACCUGGUGUUCGGGACGGCAUACUGUAAGCCGCCGUCCUCUGAGGGAGGCUGCUAUAUACCCUCUGAAUCCUGCAUACAGCAUGCCUACAAGUGGCACAAGGACCUCUGCAGUCUGCUGCUCUCCUCGUACAGGGGUCUCUCCUCGUACUAUGCCUCUCUAUUAAAACAGAUUCCUGAACUGUCUCAAGUAGAGUUAGAGGAACUGGCGCCUGAUAAGACUUUUUCACAACUCUGCAAUGAUCUGCAAAUGCUGGACAGUCCCGAACUGAUCACAGAGCAGAUCAGCAAGGAUUUGGCUUGGCUUGGUUCCCAACUGUUGGUGACGUGGACCAAAUUUUUGGAAAUAGUAACGCUUCGUCCUGAUGUGACCACCUACCUCACACAAGAACAUCACAGCCUACGGGUCAGAAGAUUCUCAGAAGCCUUUUUCUACACCGAACACGAAAAACCCGCUGCCCUCACAUUUCAGGAAAACCUGAUUCAAAGUCACGGUAACUUAUCGGCAGACAUGAGGAGUUCUGAGUACUUCACCAGCAUGCCACCUCUACCUGUUGAAUGUCUGGACAUCGACGGAGACUCAAACUCUCUUCCUAUCAUCUUUGAAGACCGAUAUGUAGAAAACCCUAAAAAAGGCGUAAAACUUUUGGAAACAACCAAUGAAAUGGAAUAUGAUUCUGAGAAUGUAUUAAAAAGUAAUAUCAGCUCCCAUUUCAGUCAGACUACCACAGUUCACGAAAAUGCUUCUUUUGAGAAGACAAGUCCAUGUGUCGAUGUUCCAGACAGCAUUGAUAUAGACCAAGCUCCAAACCAAAGUUUUCCAGAUACAUCUGAAAACCAAGACGUUAUGUCCAUGACAGAUUUAUCGAUGCAAAACAUAGAGCAAGGAGCUACAGAAAAUCAGACAACGGAAGACUCGGAGAACAUUGGACAGAGUGACGUAAUACCUGGUGAAUUUGAUAUAGAUGUCUCAUUUAAUACACAAGAGUCUUCCCUAAAUGAAGACAAUGGCCACCAAUCUAUGACGGAGUUGGAUACAGUUCAUGGCAGUCCCUCUUUAGAAAAUAUUGCAAUGCAAGAGCUUGGCGGGGGCUGUAAAUCCAAUCUUUGUUCUGAUAACAAAAGGUUACACCAGGGUGUUCACAUACUUUCCAAAAGCAACAGUACUGAAUUAAUCAGCAAAUCCUUGAAAAGUCAUAUGGUAGCAAAGACUUUCCCUGAUACCAAACAUGAGGACUUUCCAUUGAUGUCUGGUGUCAUCAAAAGGUCCUCAUCUGUCAUAUCAGAUUCUGGAAUCGAGAGUGAGCCAAGCUCUGUAGCCUGGUGUGACAUCCGAACUAGAAAAAUGGACUUAAGUUGUGAUAAGCAACUAAUUCAUCACUUAUCCAGAAAGCAUGGGAUACAUAGAAACUCCUUGGAAGGAGGGAAAACAGAAAGUAACACCAGUUUACCAAGUGGGAUCCAGGCGUCUUUGAGCUCCAUCAAUUCUUUACCAUUUGAAGAGGAGGAACAUGAAGUAGAACUUUCAAAACUAACAAAAUCAGUUUCCGCACCACAAAUCAGUAGCCCGGAGGAGUCAGUGGAUGAUACCAUGUCUAAAAAUAUGGUCAAUGAGGGGAUCCAAGAACAAGAUUCGGAGAACUACAACAUUGAAAGGACUGAUGUAGUUUGGUCAUCCGGGCAUCUUACACCAGUUGAUUCGUCUUCAGUAGAAAUUGAGGUUCAAGGUUUAAUUUCAAAUUCUAAUAGUAGUUUGGAGAAUUUAUACUCUGAGGCCGAUAAAUUUGGGUUUGAUGAAGAAGACCUUUAUGGGCCAUCACUUUUGUGCAAUUCAAACAUCCAGGAGAAUGAAUGUUUCUCUGAAUGCUUAAAUAAGGUACCUGGAAUAUUGAACUCGACAACCUUCUCGAUGGGCACCUUAGUGGAUGGAGAUACUGCCCACAAUGAUGGCACCACCAUGUCUCCAUUCAAAGGCACUGAAGAUGAAUUUCCAUUUUUGCAUGAGAUUGAACUCACAGAAGACUCGAGUAGCGAUCAGUUUUUGGACUCUGGUUCUGAUCAUGAUUUGUUUGACACAAACCAUAAAAAUAAAAUGAAUAGGAAUGUCUGUACAUCUGUAUCAGAGUCCAACUCGGGUGGGUCAGCGGUCAUCGCAAUGGAUGGAAGACGUGGUGUUGAAAUGGUUAAUCUGUCGGUUUCCUGCACAGCCACUUGUUUGCCUUUUUCUUCUACACAAAAAGACUCGCCGGUGAUUCCCGGGUUUUCAGCAAAACAAGUGUUCUUUCCAAUAACAAGACAACCUUUAGGAUCUUUUGGGGUUAUCUCUGAGAAUCCUUCAGAUACUGAUGAAGACGAUAACGAAAGGAUGCUCAGUUUUCAUCAGGCCAAAGAAAAGUUCAGGAAACACCUGAAGUUUGAAGGUUUUCUGUACAGUGACCUCUCCGCACUGGCCUCUGAUAUACCAUAUUUUCCACCGGAGGAGGAGCAUCUGGAAGAUGGAAUCCACCUAGUGGUCUGUGUGCAUGGACUAGAUGGUAACAGUGCAGACCUGCGGCUGGUCAAAACAUUUCUGGAGUUGGGGUUACCAGGAGCAAACCUUGACUUCCUGAUGUCCGAAAAAAAUCAGAAUGACACCUUUGCAGACUUUGAUGCAAUGACGGACAGACUUAUUGAUGAAAUUAUUCAACACAUUCAGCUGUAUAACCUCUCAAUUUCACGAAUAAGCUUUAUUGGACAUUCUUUGGGAAACAUCAUCAUUCGAUCUGUGCUCACCCGUCAGCGCUUUCGGUAUUAUCUCAACAAAUUACAUACGUUCCUCUCACUGUCUGGACCUCAUCUCGGGACUCUGUAUAGUAACAGCACCUUAGUUAGUACAGGUUUGUGGCUGAUGCAAAAAUUAAAAAAGUCCGGAUCGCUGCUGCAGCUGACCUUCAGAGACAACGCUGACCUGCGGAAAUCAUUCCUCUACCAACUGAGCCAAAAACCCGGCCUCCAAUAUUUCAAAAAUGUUGUUCUGGUCGCCUCUCCACAAGACCGAUACGUUCCAUUUCACUCUGCGAGAAUUGAGAUGUGUAAAAAUGCCAUCAAGGACAAACACACAGGUCCUAUUUACACCGAAAUGAUCAACAAUCUUCUCCAGCCAGUGAUGGAGUCCAAGGACUGCACGUUAAUUAGACACGAUGUGUUUCACGCUCUGCCAAAUACAGCGAACACCCUCAUUGGGCGGGCCGCUCACAUAGCCGUGCUGGAUUCAGAGCUCUUUUUGGAAAAGUUUUUCCUCGUUGCAGGUCUGGGCUACUUCAAAUAGCUCCUCGUUCUUAUGGACAGGUUUCUCCAGAGUGUCAACUUUUCAUUAACCAAAUAUUUUCUUGGGGAAGGUCUGUAAGGUCAGUGACAAAAACACAAGGAAAUGGCCUCUAACUUCUCAUUAUUCUUUUCUGGCAACCUUUACGUAGCAUAAUACAGAACUAUUCAGAAUGUAUACAUUUUUCAAGUAGAUGCCACCAUGGAGCCUGAAGUUCCAACAUAGUCUCCAAUAAAAUACACCGCCACUCACAACCCGGGAAUGAAGGCAAAGUCAAUUGACUAAUGGAUCUUCUUCUCUUUUGGUCAUCAAUACCACCCAAAAAGUUAUGUAUUCUGUUUAAGAAAUCUUGAAAAUGUGGUAUGUGUAGGAAUUUAUACAGUAUUGAAGAUAAUGUAUAUGCAGAACCCAACAAUAUGGUGGUAUUAUAUACAUUUUUUGGGGGGUAAUGAACAUUACACAUGAAUGAAUCCAAUGUUUAGUGAAUAAGAAGUUUUAUAGAUGUGAUAGUGCUGGACGUGCAAUGGUAAGCUCUAGAGAUGAGCGAACUUACAGUAAAUUCGAUUAGUCACAAACUUCUCGGCUCGGCAGUUGAUGACUUUUCCUGCAUAAAUUAGUUCA